AUGACUGAAUCGAUAGUCAGUGAUUGUGAUAACAUACAGUUACAGCCCAAACCCAUUCCCAUUCCAGUCAAAGAUUUCCGUUUUCUCCGUGUGUCUCACCUAACAUUUCUUGAUAUCCGUUAUUGCAAGAAUCUAAAGUCAUUUCCUCAUGAUCAUUUUCAAAGUUUCACAUCUUUGGAAGAAAUGUGGAUAUAUCAAUGUCCAAGUAUGGACUGCUCCUUUCCUUGUGGGGUGUGGCCUCCUAAUUUAAGGAAACUAUCAAUAGGAAUGUUAAAUAAGCCCAUGUCAGAGUGGGGCCUGCAGAAUUUCCCAACCUCACUAGUUGAACUAGAGUUAUAUGGCUACGAUUCAGGAGUGGUUUCAUUUUCAGUGGCAGACGAUGUGAGGAAUACGACUACUCCUUCAUCAUCAUCAUCAUCUUUUCUUCUUCCGCCAUCUCUGGUUUCUCUAGAGCUCCAUGACAACUUCCGGCCCAUCAAAUUUGACAAUAACGGUGUGCUAGUAGAAAAGGUGAAACAUGGAGCAGGGCUAUCUACACCACUCUAG